AUGGCGAACGAUGAGUACGACUACCUCUUCAAAGUUGUCCUGAUCGGCGACUCCGGCGUCGGCAAAUCCAACCUCCUCUCGCGUUUCACCCGCAACGAGUUCAACCUCGACAGCAAAUCAACCAUCGGUGUCGAAUUCGCAACCCGCAGCAUCCAAGUCGACGCCAAGACCAUCAAAGCCCAGAUCUGGGAUACCGCGGGUCAAGAACGCUACCGCGCCAUUACUUCAGCCUACUACCGUGGUGCUGUCGGAGCCCUCCUCGUCUACGAUAUCAGCAAGCACCAGACGUACGAGAAUGUGACGAGGUGGCUGAAGGAGCUGAGAGAUCAUGCGGAUACGAAUAUUGUGAUCAUGUUGGUGGGCAACAAGAGUGAUUUGAGGCAUUUGAGGGCGGUGCCGACUGAGGAGGCCAAGGAGUUUGCGAGUCAGCACAGUUUGAGCUUCAUUGAGACGUCGGCUUUGGAUGCGAGUAAUGUUGAGCUGGCGUUCCAAAAUGAGUUGACUGAGAUCUACCGCAUUGUCUCGAGCAAGGCGCUCGACCAGGGUAUGUGCACCCUGAUGUAG